AUGGAGGAGGGAAGCAAUGGCAAGCGGACGAGCUCGCCGCCACAGCUGAUUGUCGACGAAAGGCCUGUGACACAAGUCACUACCACCUCGCCAACAAGUAGAGCGCGCAUGAACAGAGGCGGAGCGGUAUCCAAUCGCACCCUGUGGCAGCCAUUUGAUUGUGGGUAUGAGCGCUGCGAGGCCGCUGCUGUAAAGCAUGAGCAGAAGCCAUCUCGGCCACCCAUCAAGAAGCAACGCGAGUAUGAGAAGAUACGGCGUGAGAUUUUUGGAUUGUAG